CAAACUCAGGGUGGCCGGGACGUGGACAUGGAGUAGGGCGUGUCCAAUAAAUCUUUUACCCAGAACACUAAAGACAAUCGGUUCCAAAGUUCAAGGGUAAAAAAUACACAGGAGCACCGUCUGGAAAAGAGGAACAGGACAGGACGGGGAAAGAAGACGCGUUGAAGGGAUUUAUUUGUUAAAUUAAAAAAACAAAACAACAUCAUCUGUCCUUGGUGAGAACAGGAAUAAACACAGACGAGACCAUGGCAGACAGUACCAGCCCAAAAGCCACCUCUGGUGAUUUUGCCAAAAAAGUCCAAAGACAGCUGAGCAGAGGCAAAGAAAAGGUUCUGCAGAGGUUUGGAAAGUCGAUGGAGACCAGAGAUGAUCAUUUCGAACACUCUCUUCAAAUAUUUUACGACCAGCAGACUGAUGGGAAUCGAAUAUACAAGGACUUGAGAAACUACAUUAAUACGGUUAGAGACAUGCGUGAAGCCUCAAGACGCCUUUCCCAGUCUCUGUUUGAUGUGUAUGAAAGUGACUGGGCCGGGGAGCAGGAUUUAGGAGCCAUUGUAGAGGGGGAGGACCUGCUGUGGAACGACUAUGAGGUGAAGCUAUUAGACCAGGCUGAACGCACCAUGGAGUCCUACGUGGGCCAGUUCCCAGAAAUCAGGGAAAAAGUUGCCAAGAGAGGAAGAAAACUAGUCGACUACGACUCUUCCCUUCAUCACCUGGAGGCUCUGCAGACUGCGAAGAAGAGGGAUGAUGUCAAGAUAAACAAGGCAAAGGAAGAGAUGAAAGCUGUGCAAACUGUCUAUGAAGGGAUCAACACCGAGCUGAAGGAGGAGCUUCCUGUUCUUUACGAUAGCCGCAUUGGAUGUUAUGUGGCUGUCUUCUCAGCUCUGUCAAAUUUACGGGACAUCUUCUAUAAGGAAAUGAGCACGCUCAAUAUAGAUCUACACGGUGUGAUUAAAGAGCUGCAGGCUCAGCAUCCCGACAAAACGUUUGCUGUGAGAGGACUGCAGAGGUAUGGCUCCCUGAAAAGACGGAGUCUGAUGUCCCCCAAGGCCUGGAAAGGCAGUUUUUCUGACUUCCAUAGAAACUACACUCCUAGACUUGGGCAGCGUUCCAGUUUCAGGUCCCCGGACAAGUCUCGCUAUGGCAGUCUGUCCAGAGAGAGCAGCAUCUCUUCCCAUAAAUCCCCUCGGGAGAAGCCCCUCUCUGAGUCCAGGGAGCUGGAUACAGCAUCGCUCAGCAGUGACAACCAUAAAUCCGCUGCACAAGAAGAUGCUGCCGAGGGCAUAUCGGGAAAUGAGCUUAAGUCAGACGUGGCCAACAGUCAGACUGAAGAGGAGAAGGGCUCGGCAGCGGCAGAUGACAAGGGAGAGAAAGCUCCAUCAAGUGAGAGCAGCUCUGAACAGGACAAAUCCUGUGACUCGGAGAGUCUGGAAAUGCAGCUGACUGCAGUAGGCGAUGAGCCGCUGUAUAUCGAUGAAGGAGACGACUUCCCCAGAAGCCAUGACCCUCCCAGGGAAAAUGGACUGGAGAACAAUAACGCUAAAGGCCUGAGCAUUCCUCACACGGAUGCUCCUGUAACAAAAGAGGCAUCCCAGGACUCCAAAAACACAGUGGUUUAAAGUUUCCCCUCCUUCAUAAAAGGGUGGCAGCAGAGACCAGCACAGAGGAGAGUGAAGACGGCAGCCGUGAGGACAGGACUGUAGUCUCAAGACUGAUGCUGGUGUUAGUUUUAUCACUUGUCUGUUAAAGAAAUCAAUAUCACAGUGUUUUGGUAAAACCCACAAUCGUGUACUUUCUUAAAUCAUUUUAUGUCCAAUUGCUAUUAUAAUUGCACUUUAUAUGUUUACAUUCCUCUAACUGACUGACUACAACAUGAUAACUGCAGCGAUGCAUGCUGUUGAGGUCAGAGAUGUACCGGUAACUACACGCCGCUCACAUGUUUGCCACAGACCAAAAGACUGAAAAUGAACACUUCCGGUUGUUUUCAUUUAUUUGCAUUUAUUCAAAAUGUCACUGCAAUUUUUCUAAGUGCCUUUCAGCCAAUACGGGGUGCAUAAUUUAAAAUGAAUGAAAUGUAAGUUUGUUGCAUCCACUCACAAAUCUGUUAACUGGAGUCACGCUGCAAGACAUUGUCUGAUUCUGAAAAAAACACCUUUUUUUUAAAUCAUGUUUGCACUCAGUUUGAUUAGCAAUGGUUUCAUUUGUGCAGAUUUAAGGUUAAGAUAUGUGGUAAUAUGUAGAAGUGAGUACUCCUUAAACAAUAAAAAGUGCUGUUAAUUUGA